GGACAGCCUGGAAUGACUAACCCUCCCCACCGGACGGUCCCUGCAGCAUAGAUGGCCCGGACCAGCUCACUCUUCCUUCCCACCGAGGGGAGAUGAACCAAUAGAAUGUCCAUAUUCAACAAACGAACAAUUAAGAUAAUUUUGGGUCUUACAAUUGUUUGUAUCUUCCUGGUUAGCGUCAAAAUCCAUCUGAAAAGUUCUCAGAUGAACCAAUAGAAUGUCCAUAUUCAACAAACGAACAAUUAAGAUCAUUUUGGGUCUUACAAUUGUUUGUAUCUUCCUGGUUAGCGUCAAAAUCCAUCUGAAAAGUUCUCAGGAUUCCAAGUUUGACUAUAUGGAAGUAAAAAAUGUUAUGCCUCCUUGGUGGGCAGUUUCUACAAAUUUUUCAAGUAAAACAAGUACCAUAGACAAACAAAUCAUCCAUAUAAUGACUGUUGUAAAUCAAACGGUUCCAAAUGUGGACUUUACAGAUUUUAAAGAGACAACCAGUGCCAAAUAUAGCACAGCAACCAUUGUAGACUAUAAACCUACAUACUGUGUUGGAGAGGAUAUAACAGUUCGAGUCGAUAUGUAUAACUACUUGGGAGAAAAGAAGACUUAUGGAGGAGACUUCUUACGAGCUCGGAUUUUUUCUCCAAAUCUUGCAGCUGGAGCUUCUGGGAAAAUUGAGGAUUUUAGAAAUGGGACCUAUAAUGUGUAUUUUACUUUAUUUUGGGAAGGUGAAAUGCAGAUAUCCAUCCUCAUGAUGCAUCCCAGUGAAGGGGUCUCUGCUUUAUGGAACUCGAGGAACAAAGGAUACAAAUAUAUUGCUUAUACUGGUAUAUUCCUCAAUAGAAGCCAAGAGGUUCAGGCGAGGUGCGGAUUACUUUGGGCUACACAAAAAGAAAAAUGUGAAUAUACAGACACAAAAUAUGGAGAAUCCUUCUACUGUAUUAGACCACCAGGGGUAGCUUGUGAAGCUCUUAUAUCUCUGAAGAGUGAAAACACACCUUACACGGAUCUCACCAAUGUGCAGAAGAAGCUCUUUACCAGCUCCAAUAUGGGAGCAGAGAUAUCCAAACAAGUUGAUGUUGUUAAAGUUUGGAAAUGCACAAGACACUACAUCAAAGAGACUGCUAAGUGCCAGACAGGGAUGUCCCCACCUUUUCCCAGUGGAUAUUUCCUGCAGAACCAGUGGUUCCCAAUAUAUUGUAACUUAUUCCCUUUUGAUCCCUUGAUUCAUAUUGACAAAUUUCUACCUGGCAAAAGGAUAUAUCUAAUGGGAGAUUCAACGCUUCGUCAGUGGAUAGAGUACUUCACACAAGUCCAAAAGUCACUCACAUAUUUCGAUGAUCAUGGAACUGGCUGGCACAAAACACUUGUAGCUAUUGAUGUAACAAAUAAUCUUCAGAUUCAAUGGAAGAAGCAUGGACACCCAUUUGUAACUCAGAGUUUCUUCAACAUGAAAGACCAUUCCUAUAUCGCUAAUGAAAUUGACCGGAUUGGCGGAGGCGCUUACACCAUCAUCGUCAUUUCUGUGGGGCAUCAUUUCCGACCCUUUCCCCUUGACCUGUUCAUCAGAAGAGUUCUCAAUAUUCGCAAAGCCAUAGAAAAUUUGUUUUUAAGAAGCCCUGAUACCAAAGUCAUUAUAAAGUCAGAAAAUACCAGAGAGAUUAAUACCGAUGUUGAACGAUUCAGUGAUUUCCAUGGAUAUGUUCAGUAUCUCUUGGUAAAGGACAUUUUCAAAGGACUUAAUGUUGGUGUGAUUGAUGCCUGGGACAUGACCACAGCCUAUGGAUCAUAUGAUAUUCACCCACCAGAAACUGUCAUUAAAAAUGAAAUCCGUCUGUUCCUGUCCUAUAUUAGUUAAAUGUUACAAGCAAUUUAAAUGUUUCAGUGUCUUGUAAAUUAAAUA